AACCUUUCUUCACAAGAAACCCAGCAGAGCUGAAAGGAACCUUCAUCAACACGAAGCUGAAGAAGAGUCGCCGUGGCUUUGGCUUCACCGUGGUCGGAGGUGACGAGCCAGACGAGUUUCUACAGAUCAAAAGUUUGGUGCUAGAUGGGCCUGCUGCUGUGGAUGGCAAGAUGGAGACAGGUGAUGUGAUAGUCAGUGUGAAUGACACCAUCGUGCUGGGCUACACGCACGCUCAGGUGGUGAAGAUCUUCCAAUCCAUCCCCAUUGGCUCCAUGGUGGACCUGGCCUUAUGCCGUGGCUACCCGCUGCCCUUUGACCCUGAUGACCCCAACACCAGCCUGGUGACCUCAGUGGCAAUCUUGGACAAGGAGCCUAUCAUCGUCAAUGGACAGGAGACGUUUGACUCACCUUCCAAUAAGGCUGGACCCGAUAACUGCAUGAGGGAGUUGCGGCCCCACAGCCCCUCGGCUGAGGUGGCAUCUAACGGUUCGCAUGGUUACUCUAGCGAUGUGGUCACCCUGGCAUCGUCCAUUGCCACCCAGCCCGAGCUGAUCACCAUCCACAUGGAAAAGGGAGACAAAGGAUUUGGCUUCACCAUUGCCGACAGUCUGACAGGCGGAGGCCAGAGGGUCAAGCAGAUAGUGGACUAUCCGCGCUGCCGUGGCCUAAAGGAGGGGGACAUUUUGAUGGAGGUCAACAAGAGGAAUGUCCAAAAUAUGAGCCACAACCAGGUGGUGGACCUGCUGAGCAAAUGUCCCAGAGGCAGCGAGGUUACCAUGCUGGUGCAAAGAGGUACGUGUUGCAUCUUGAU